CCCACGCUUCCCCCUAAUCCAGCUCAUCCCUCGCGUUUUAUUCAUUCCUCACCUCGCUGCUGGAGACGACACUCGCUUUAACUAACGACCGAUACAAGAACCAGAAUCAGAUCUCCGUGCUUUCAUUUACAGACAGACAACACACCUUCAUCACUAAUAAAUCCUCCUGCGUCACACACCAGACACACACCAGGCCAGACUCCGGAUAUCGUUCGGCACAGAUUACUUCUCUCUUUUAAAAUACAACAUGAAAACCAAAUUCAUCAACGGGGUUUCUUCUUCCCCAUCCAUGUCGCUGGGGUUGUUAGUGACCGAGAACGCCCUGCAGGUCCAGCCUGACACCGAGGAGGACUGCAGCGACCUGGAUCGCCUAGACCAGCCCGACAUGGACACUCAGCAUAAAGCGUAUCUGUGGUGCAGAGAGUUUCUCCACGGAGCGUGGAAAAGCCUGGAUGAAGACGACUUCCACAUCACCAUUAUAAGGGGUGGUCUGAGCAACAAGCUGUUCCUGUGCAGCCUCCCUGACAGCCUGGACACCGUCGGGGACGAGCCGAGGAGUGUCCUGCUGCGUCUCUACGGGGCCAUCCUUCAGAUGUCCUGUAAUAAAGGGGAUUCCCGACAGUCAAACAAAGAAAAUCACUUCCAAGGGGCCGAGGCCAUGGUGUUGGAGAGUGUGAUGUUUGCCAUCUUAGCAGAGAGGGAGCUGGGACCUAAACUCUAUGGUAUUUUCCCGCAGGGCCGACUGGAGCAGUACGUCCCUAGCCGCAAGCUGGACACCUGUGAGUUAAGUGUCCCCAGCAUCUCAGCAGAAGUUGCAGAGAAGAUGGCAAAGUUUCAUGGGAUGAGGAUGCCUUUCAACAAGGAGCCCAAGUGGCUGUUUGGAACCAUGGACAAGUACCUGAGCCAAGUCAUGAGGCUGAACUUUCCCAGAGAGUCCCAGCUGCGCCGCUUCAACCGCCUGCUCAGCCACAACCUGCCACAGGAGAUGGAUAUGCUCAAGUGUCUGCUGGAUUCUACCCACUCUCCUGUAGUGUUCUGCCACAAUGACUGUCAAGAAGGAAACGUCCUGCUGCUGAAGGGCCGCCAGAGCUCAGACAAGCAAAAACUGAUGCUCAUCGACUUUGAAUACAGCAGCUACAACUACAGAGGAUUUGAUAUUGGCAACCAUUUCUGCGAAUGGAUGUAUGACUACACCUGUGAUGAGUUUCCUUUCUUCAAAGUCGACGCUCAGGCCUACCCUUCAAAGGCCCAGCAGCUCCACUUCAUUGAAAGCUACCUGCGUGAAUCCGACCAAGGGUUUGACAACCUGAGUGAAGAGGACCAGACGAAACUGAAGGAGCAGCUGUAUGUGGAGGUCAACAGGUUCUCCCUUGCAUCCCACUUCUUUUGGGGCUUGUGGUCCAUCAUCCAGGCUCGGCUCUCUACCAUCAAGUUUGGGUACCUGGAAUACGCCCAGGCCAGAUUUGAUGCCUACUUCCAGCAGAAGAAGAUCUGGGCUGUCUAAUAAAACUGGACGAUUGGAUGGGUUGACAACACAUCUAGCCAUGUGGCAGGAGGAGGAGUAGGAGGACAUACAGGCUAACGAAGACUCCGAGAUCCACGCUUUACUUUCGUACCCUGCUUCAAGAGGACUUGCUGGCCAUUGUUGGUGAUGUACUGACCAGAGCCAAAGCUUGAUCAUGUGGCUAGUUGCUCAAAAUACAGCUCAAAGUUUACACAGCAUCAUUUCUCAAGAGCCAAAAAAAAAAAAAAAGAUAAACCUUCAACAUGUACUAACCUUCAUCACUGGUCUGAGGUGCUCUGCUUUUCCUUCAUGGAACCAUAUCACUUCCAGAGCGGGACAUUUUGAGCAGGAGAGAGGGGGAUUUCGGUUACAGCUAGGCUGGAAAUGUUAACAUUGCAUCAAUGUUUGUGUUUAUUGAUCAUUCCUGUAUGGAAAUGCUCCGUUGGAAAGAACCAAAAUGUGAACUUCUAUUGGUAGAUUCCUCCUUAUGGAAGUAGCCAGCUAUGUAUAUUAUAUAUAGAUAUUAAUGUGCCAGUAACCUGGCCCCAUCUGUUACUGGUGGGCUUACCUGCUGACAAGUGGAAUUUUGAUUGGGUUUGAUUGACCGGUCAGUAUGAUGUGUCCACUUCAGAUAUUCCACUGUUUGUCUUGUUCUACUUUAAAUGGUUGUGUUUGAUAUUCCUCCAAGCCAAGGCUGAUACAGCUGCGGUGUAUCUUAAAAUAUGUUAACAGCACAUUUCCUCAAAUUAACUACAUGGGCCUUUUUUUGUGAGCGUCAACCACAACAACCUGUUCUUUGUGGUUUCAGAAUAAUACAGCGUCUCCAUUGAUAAGUUGACAGACAUCUGGUUGAUUUAUGGUUGUAUGAUGGAGCGCUUUGUCAAGUAGAUCCAAUUAACUCAUGCAAUGCCGAAUUCAGCCAACAGACGUUCCAGCCAUUUUCACAAGCCUGAGAUCUCUGAAGCCUAUCACUGCUAUGAAGUAGCCGUACUGUCGCACAGUACACACGACAAUCCUUCCUGACUGUGAACAUGGAUUCUUUGGUGUCGUCACUGGUUUUCUGGCUGCCUCAUCAUUGUACCCAUAAUCCACAGGCAAUAAUUGAGCAUCCAUCACUUAUUGAAAUAAGUUGUAGCUGAACACUAACUGUGUUUAUUCAGUAAAAAGGGACUUAAUGUAGACUCUCUGUGAACCAGACCAGUCUUUGUUUUUUUUUAAUGAGAGCUGAGCCACUGGUGUUAAUCACUCUGUCAGAUCCACCUUCACACACACUGGUGAGGCUGCUUUCACUUAAUGCACAUUUAAGACUUCAGCACUGGAAUAGAGGAGCACUGUUUCCCGUGAUUGUCAGGUUUACCUCAUAGAUUCUGCGAGAGAGGGAGUGAUGCUGGGACCAAAUCUGUCUGUGGUCUCUGUCUUCAAAACAUAGCCGGCACUGAGUAGCACUCCUCUUGAUACCAGUGACCACAAGCUAGCUUAUUAGAUCACUACCACAGAGACAAAUUAUUCCAUAUUUCCAUGUAUUCAACAUUUUAUGUAAGCACUUCAAGGCUUUAUUUAAUUCAAUGAUUUAUACUGUAGUGAUUGAUUGGAGCUGACCUGAAGCAGGCUGAAGAACAUACUGACAUUACAAUCACUAACCUGUCUUUUAUCACACCUAGCCAAGUUUUGAACAUAAUAUGAAUCCCUCAUGGUGUGUUUGGCCGAGGUCGUCUCAUUUGUCAGGGUUUCUAUAGCUAGAAAAGUAAACUUUUGAUAGCUGCACUUGAUCUGUCAUGGCAUCCAAGAACAGGUGGGGGAACACUACACAGUCUGUACCAUUCAUUUUCAUUUAAGGUAGUGACAAAAGUAAAACUUGUUGACCGCUCUUUUGCUUUGCUAAUUGUGUUUGGAGGAUGAUAGUUAUCUAUAACAUGCUAACAGUUACAUUGGUAUCACAGCAGAGAAACUUACCGUGUCCACUAAGGCGUUUUUUUGUGCCAUCUGUGCUCAGGACCUCAAUUUCAGAGCGAUAUCAUCAGCGUUUACUCCUUAGUUACCAAAGUUGUCCUGCAGCACUUCCGCUUCGCUCAGUAGUGAGCGUUAUCUGUUUUAAAUGCUCUGCAUGGGUCAGACUUUCUUUCAUUCAACAGCAUUUCAUCCAGAAACUGUAAAAACUAUUAAUAGAAAUUCUGUCAGAGCAUCAGCAGCAGCUCUAAACUCCAUACAUUGAACCUCGAAGUCCCGCCCCUUCUUGAUUCUGAUUGGUCAGUGAUCAAGCUGUGACAUUGAUGAAUGCUGAAAUAUUCCAAAAGUUGAACUGUUUUCAACUGAGAGUGCUGAGACAAAAAUCAGCUGAGGGCGUUUCUGCAAUGAGGACGCUGAAUCACAGAUAGUGGGCACGGCACAUUCUUUCACACACCCCGAGCACUUUGACAUUAUUCUUCACAUUCUUAAAAUGCUGAGUAUUACUCACUACAUCUCCAUGCUAACAUGCAAAGACACCCAAAGCUUGAAGAACCAGGUAAGCCCAGGCGCAGAUGCAGGGGGCCAUAGUCGGUGUUAAAUAAGACUGUUAAGAAAUAAGUGUUAUUCAUUCUGGGUUGUUGUGGAGAUCUCAAAUUGGACAUGGAAGCUGUACAGCCACACAGUCUGACAUCCCCGCCCAUCUUCAGAACUGUUCAGCUGACGUACAUUUACACAUUUGGUUAUUUUCUAUGUUUACUCAUGAGCCUUUACAGGUUAGUAUACGAGCCACCUUAAUAGAUGUGUGAUUCUUGUGACGUGUGCAAGAAGUGUUACCUCAUAUUUGUUGUAAGAAUGUUAGACAGUAUUAUACAUUGUACGCAAAUCUGAGGGAAUUCAGCUGGAUCUUAAACUAAGCUGAUCACUACACCCGUCACCUUAUACUGAAACCAUCAACGCUGUUUGAAUGUGUGUAUGCACUUUCCAUCUCUGGACUGAGAUAAAAGAAAACAUUGCAUUUGUUCAUGUCUGAAUCUUAUAGGGUUGAUAAACUGUGGCUUUUUGAUGAAAAGAUGUUUUUAUUUUACAUGAAAGUGUAUUUUUUUGUUGUAUAUUUUAUUGUUAAAUUUCCUUUGGAAUGUCUUAAAUGUAUGGUGUAAAUUUUAUUUGAAGAUGAAAUGGGACAGAGCUGAAUGUGCAGUGGAUGGUACCAGAAUACUUUAAGAAUCUAAAGUGCGACUUGUACAUCCAGCUUGAGACAAUAGUAGUUACUUUAGCACCUCUUCUCUUGUUCAAACCCUGGGUUUAUAUUCUUUUUAUUGUUCAUUUUUCAAAAGGUUCCCUUUGCUGUGACCUUUCUUCUGUCUCUGUAUUUGUUGUAGAAAGAUGGACACCAUGAUCUGUAGCUAAAAUACAUUCCACAAUUGUUACGUUGCCUUCUGUUUCAUGUGCACUUCAGACCAAAAGAAGUUUCAACUUUAAUCCAUGUGGUUCUUCAAAUCCAAUUGAAAUAAGUCCCAAGUGAAGGCCUAACAUUGUGGCUCUCUAUGUUAGUCCAUACUUGUAAUUAACUGUGUGUAAUAUUAACUAACUAAACUAUAGAGAGUCAUGCUUGUAAUUAUUCAGAUAUGAUGAAUGACAAACUUGUAUCAUACCAUUCUGAAAUAUACACCGUGUUAAUGUUGGAGUGCAUUCUGUUCUGUGAAGCACCCAAAACUACUCUGUCAUAUCGCUCAGUGAUAACUUUGCAAACUAUGCAGCUAUACUAAAUGCAUACGUUCAUAAAAAAUGAGAUGUUUCAACUGUUGCAUCAUGGAAAUGAGUCUUACUGUACAUUUCUUUUUCUGCUUCUGACAAAUAAAAUGGAAAGUAAUUAA